UGUGAGUCCACGUGAUGGUUCAAAGGUUAUGCAAAGGUCGUGUUGUGUUUUCCCUUCCCGUUUGUAUGAAUUGUGUGUUUUAGCCAGCCGGUGUUGGUGAUGUGAUGGCUUUUCUGACUCUCUUCAAGCGAAGGCAGCUCCCGCCAGCCGUCAGCUGCUUCCUCAGAGCGGUGAAGCUGAAGCUGUCGGACCGCGGUGGAGCACCGCUGAGGCGGCUGCACGGCUCUGCGGGGCAGCGGGUCGGGGAGAAGGGGCCAUGUGGGAAGAACCAGCCACUGCAGCAGUACCAGUUCACAGACCUCGACAAAGCGGACGCGUUGAUGCUGAGGAAAUCACACGAAACAGGGUUCCUGUCGUGGUUCAGAAAUGGCCUGCUGGCGACUGGGAUUGGAGUCAUUGCUUUCGUCCAGAGUGAAGUGGGACAGGAAGCAGGUUAUGCCUUCUUCAUUCUUGGAGGCAUCUGUGUGUCGUUUGGCGGCGCCUCCUACAUUGGCAGUCUCUUUGCCAUGCGGAGGCUGAUGCUGCUGUCUGUGCCAGCUCUGCUGCUCCAGGGCGCUGUGGUGAGCAGCGUCGCCCUCUUCUGGCUCUGCGCCGUAUCGCUGUACAUCGGCCGUCUGGAGGUGGAGAUCAUCCACGAGGACGAGGAGGAAGGUGGAGAGGACGAGGGAGAGUGCCGGGAUUGCCGGGAGAGGCGGGAGAAGCGCGGUUACAGAGGCUCUCAGGACAGGGAGGACAGUGGCAGCAAGGGCCAAAAUAAGUAGAGAUCUUCCAGGAAAGCUGUGUGGGGGGGUUUGUUGCUCUGAUUCAGGGUUUCUCUUAUUUGUAUGUUUUUGCAAGAUGCACAUAUGUUCAUAUGAAGACCGCUUGUGAGCUUAAAGAUGCAAACUGUCAUCUACUGUCAUAAAAAAAACACAAAUAUUCAGGUGAAGAAAGACUUAACUGUUUUCUUUUUUAUUUUCCCUUAAAGUUUAUUUUUUUUUUUUUUUGCCCCCUAAAGUCAACUAUAGAAAUGUCUAUGAUGCCCUUGGCAUAAGGAAGAAUAAUUUCUGAAUUGCCUUAAAGCUGCAACGGCAUGGUAGGGAUGCACCUGUAUCAGGUCCACAUUUUUCAAAGUAUGAGCAGGGCCCACAUCUUUUCAUGACAGUCUGAACAACACGGAUACAAUUUUUUACAAUGCGACCCAGGCCGCUUGGCUCUGUGUUCCUGAAUCUGAUACGAAUCUUUUCAAAUGCUCCUCUCCUUCUUGCGACACAGAAAUGGCAAGAAAUACAAGAUUAAUGGUGGACGAUAAUGCAGAGAGUAGUAUUUAUGUCUAACCAUCUUGGAAAGAUUGAGUUUUUAAGGUUGGGAAAGAUUGCUACAUGUUCUCCGGAACUACCAUCCAUGUUUAAUUCCGUAAACACAGGUCAUUUCAUCCUCUACUGCGCAUGCGGGACACCUAGGUUGUAUGACUGCAGUUCACACAGGAGAUCACAUACAAGUCGCAUAAAUCUGGAAAUGUGAACAGCAACACAAAAAAAAUCGAAAUUGAGCGUCAAGGCCUGCAGUGUGAACGUAGCCUAAGAGUCUUCCUACAACAUUUAAUCAUGAACACAAUUGGAGAAGCGUUUUACAUUUAAAGAUUACAUCAUGCUUAAACUCAAAGUCCCAAAACAAUAAAAAUAAACAGUUUAUUGAGACUUCCGGUUAUUAAAACAGUGUUCAUGCUUAGUGUGCAAAGGCUGAAGUCCUUUACAUUAAGGUUGGAAAUUCAAUACAUUGGAGUUAAUCCUGGUCCUGCAGCAAAGUCGUGAUUUUCCUGUAGAUUUAGCAGUUAGGAUCUCCGCUCACCAGCUUGGGUUCAUGGUCUGUGAGCAUGGAGGCCAGUUGGGAAGAGAUUCGCUGGAUGCGGUUGGAGCACGGGUGUCAGAAACGUCAGGUCUUUGAUGUUGCCCUUUCUCUUCGAUGUAUUCAUGUACUCAUGCAUCCUUAUAAGGGCAACAAUACUAAAGAACCAAAUGCAGGCAUCGUUUUCCCAGCUUCCACACUAUAGGCCAGUCCAGUAAGUAAGUAGGUUAUGUGGGGGUAUUUCCAAAUGAUCCGCAAGUCGAAUUACAAUCCAGACUCUGAUCUGUAAGCAGACCUUGGCUGAUUUUGAAAGUUUUAGGGGUUAUUUUUAAUGCAGGAACACCUGGAGGUAUGUUCAGCUAUUUUGACUAGAGAAGGAAAAAUAAAUUAAUCUUUAUUGUUCUGGAUUCAAGGUAAAAGUCCAACUUUGUCUGUUUAGAGUAUCAGGGAAUAUGAUCAAAGCUUUUUAUUAUAAUGAACUUUUUACCUUCUCUUCUGAUCCCUUCCUGGUAUCAAAUACUACAAAAGAGACUAAAAUGCUUGUGUUGGAAAAAUCUGAUAUAGGUGCAUCUUUGCCAUAGCAUGCUAUCACAUUAGGCUCAUCUUAAAGCUUAGCAGAGCCCUAAACGCAUUAUAACAACUCUGAUAUUAUUUAUAGCUAAUAAAACGAGCUGUUGCUGUCUCUGUGCAGAGGUUCUAAGAGAACCGCUUUCUCUCAGCAAUGAGCUGAAAUGAUCACUGAUGGGAGAAAGUGGGCAUGUUUACACGGCAGGGGCGGCACAGUCAAGGUAGGUCAAGAACUACCCAAGACAGGCAUGAAUCAAGUGAAAUACCACUUUAGGUUUUGAUCAGGAAAGAAAUAAGAGCAAUAUAAGUUAAAGUCAAAAUGUAUUUUCCUUUUUAUGUAUAUAUGGACAUGCUUUUGUUUCCGUUUGUGCCGCUGUAUGCAGUCAGUUUCCUCUCAGCGAGCUGUUCUUUGCUGUUUGUUUUACCAACCUGAAGCAGUCAUGACUGAUCAAUUCAACUUUUGUAUGCUGUUAAUGUUGGGGGGGUGGGUGAAAAAUGUCAGUUUACUUGUUUCAGAGUGAUUUUAUUUAAAAUAGUCGAAACACAUGAGGGCUUAAGACUUUUAUUUACAUUUUUUAAUUUUUUUAAAACUACGACAGCACUUUUGGGCUUUGAUUUUUGUCGCUUUAGUUCCUCUAAACUGUUUGGAAACAGAACACUCUUCACAGCUACGACUGUGAUCAUUUAUUUUGUUCUGUCUUUGAUACAUAUGUACAAUACCAAAUGAUAUCCAAAAACUUUUUAGAGUGAAUUACACAUAUUUUAUCUAUAUACAUUCUGUUUAUAAUGGAUGUAAAGAGUAGGUGCUGCUUGUAUUGAAUUUGUUUUAUGGAAAAUGGGGGGGUUGUUAUUGUUUACCUUUUGUGCACAACAGUGCAUUCAGUAAUAAAUGCAGAGGAAAUCUAAA